UGAUAGUAUAAAACCUUGAUGACCGAACGCGUCAAACUUAAAACCUAAGGUGCAAACAAGUGAAAAUUACUUUACUUAUGAAUAGUUAAAAAAUAAAAACAAGAUGGAGCUGUACAUUAGCACGUGCUUAUCGUGUCUGGUUCUGGCAACAUUAACGCAGGGUCUUUUGAAGGACAUCAGUGCAUACCAAGGAUUUAUUACCACCAUCCACAAUUUCUACAGAAGUUAUGAACGAGCUGCAAAUAUGAAAGAAUUGCAAUGGGAUCCAUACCUUCAAGGUCGAGCCGAGCAAUGGUCAGAGAAUUGUUUCUGGGACCACCAGCGGGACGGAUUAGGAGAGAAUUUGGCUUAUUUCUGGACGAACGGACCCGCCUUUUCGAGUAUGGAAGUCAUUGUUAAAUCAUGCCAGAAUUGGUGGAAAGAGGUGCACGACUGGCAAUGGUCAACUGAUUGUGGCGUAGCAUGUCAUUAUACACAGAUGAUAUGGGGAAACACGGAGCGGAUAGGUUGUGCACUCAGUAUGUGCCCUUCUUUAAGGACAGAGUCUGGACAAACUUUCAACAAUUCUGACUUUUUCGUCUGCUUCUAUGAUCCUCCAGGCAACUUUAUUGGGAAGCACCCCUAUACUCUCGGAGAACCAUGCACACAAUGUGAUAUUGGCGAAAGCUGUAAUGCUGGUUUGUGUUCGAGACCGUCAAAGGCGUCAAAUAACAGGCCACCUUCAGUUAAUAUGCUUGAUCAAAUGCAACUUCAACCAGACUCCUCGGUCACUUAUUCUGAAGCAGUACCGCUUGUACCAUCAGCGCCUAAAACCUUCGUUCGAAAGGUUGUUUAUACCUGGACCAAUUAAUGUAUUUCAUUUCAGCCUACUACAUGUAUUUAUAAAUUGCAGCUAUUUCAUAUUGUCUUAUAAACAGGCAUAUCUUACAAAUAAAUGUUUAAAACUUGAUAA